AUGUCUCGUUCGAUCAAGAAGUUGGGGACUUUGUUUUCGAUGAAGGACUUGGGUCCUCUCAGUUACUUCUUGGGUGUGGAUCCGGAAGUUCAGUACUUUGGCAAUCAAAUGCAUUUGAACCAGGCCAAAUAUGCAUUGGAUUUGCUCAGACGUACAAAAUUCGUGGAUGCCAAACAAAUUUCUGCACCUGUUCCUUCUGGACAAAAGCUCAUUGAGCAUGAUGGUGAACCACAUGACAAUCCGGAGAUGUACAGGAGCAUAGUUGGUGCCCUCCAUUCAAAGAAACAGAAAACUGUAUCUAGGUCGAGUGCAGAGGUGGAGUAUAGGCAACUUGCCUAUACAGCCGCUGAGUUAUCUUGGGUAAGGUCCUUGUUCAAAGAUUUGCAUUUGCAUCUUGUUAAACCAACAAUAUGGAGUGACAAUGUGUCUUCCAUUGCCCUAGCUUCAAAUCCGGUUUUUCACUCAAGAACAAAACACUUGGAGGUGGACUAUCAUUACGUUAAAGAGAAGGUUGUUCGAGGCCAGCUAUUAGUUAAUUUCAUUUGCUCUCGAGAUCAGAUUGCCGCUCUUUUUACCAAAGGACUGUUGUCAUCACGGUUCAAGUUUCUGGUAUCCAAGCUUCCAGUGGUGCCUCAUCCUGUCAGCUUGCGGGGGGAUGUUAGACCAAGUCCUACUUCAGUGUCUGUUACAACGGUUUCAAGUUGCUGUGAUCAACCUCAACACUUAUCCAAAAAGAAGCAGCGUAGGUUUACAACUCUUUUUCAAAUAUUUGAAAUAUGGUUUUGCAGUACACGUUGA